UAUUAAUACUAUGAUCAAAGUACAAAAGCAACAUUCCAUUCUCAAAAAGGAGGGAUUUUUUUAUUUGUUGUACACCACUAAUUGCAAUUCUUGAUCAUUAAGGCUGUCGUCUGGGUUUUGGUCAUUGUGACUUCCAUUUUCCGCCAUUUAGAGAGAGAAAAAUUUUGAGGAAAGCCGAGGGAGAAAGUGAGAAACUGUCAAAGGGUCUUUCUUCCUGUUUUGACUCUGAAAUUUUCAACUCAGAUCUAUUCCGGGUCUUCUGUUUUUGUUCAAUUAUUGUCGUUUCUUUUAGAUUUCUUGUCGUGUUGCAACAAGCGUUCUAUUUGGUGUUCUUGUUUGUCAGGAAGAUUUCAUAAGCUUCAGUUUUGAGCAUUCCUAUGAAUAGAUCACUCCGUACCUUGUUUUUCAGAAAAUAGAAACAUCAUUAUUAGUAUUUUGUUCCUAAAUCUUUGUAAAUGAGUCUCAAAAAUCCCAGUUGCCUUAAUAUUUUAUUUCUCGAUAUUCAUUUUAAAACCUUGGAAUAUCUACCCAGUCCUCUGAAGACCCAGCUCAUUCAUAUGGGGAUUCUCUAAUCCAUUCCCCAAGAUUUUAGUUCUUUUAACAAUCCAAUUUUCUAUAGAAGCCUUUCGCUUUCAAUCAAAUUUGAUUUUUGGGUUGGGUUCUGCUUUUUGUGAAAAUGGGCUGUGCAUCUUCGAAGGAAAAAGUGUGCCAGAAUUGUCAGGGACCUUAUUCUCCGGUCAGGCGGAGCUACUCAAUGCACGUACACCACCUGCCUCAAGAAACAGUGGAUAGCUACCACUUGGUGGCUCUUACUUCCUCCACUUUAGGUUCUUUGAAGCUAGAUGAUCCAUUGACUCAAAGUCCUAGUAUUGAUUACAAGGAUCUGUUGAUUCAGAAUCAUUGUUCCAUCGUAGAAACUCCGGUUGAAAAUAAGGAAAUCGAUAAAGCAAAGGUGGUGAAAGAGGACUUCGCAAUGGGAAUGAUCGAGGCCAAGACUUGGUCUAAAAUGACCAACGAGAAAAUCCCAAAGAUUGUUCCCAUAACGCCCAUUUGGACGCCUCCCGGCGAGCCAGAAUUGAUCAAUGUUUGGGAGUUGAUGGAGGGUCUUGAUGACAUUAGUCCUCUUAGACCUUCACGUCAUCUUCGUGGCUUUUCCUUUCAUGCAUCUCAGAAUCCAAGUUUAUCUUCUCUAGACGAGCAACCAACGCCCAGAGCGAAAGAAAAUGGCGAAGCGUCGCCUAAGCCUUUGUGGCUCGAAAUGGCUGAUAAUGAUUCGUGUUCGAAUGAUGCAUCUAUUGUCUCUGAAUUUGAUCCUGAAGUGACUGCCACUUUCAGAAGAGCACUCGAAGAGGAUCUCCCUCUGGCCAGUCCAAUUUAUCUCAGGGAUGAGGCCUUGGUGAAUAAGAUUGCGCCACGUGGUACAGACAAGUUGAUAGUGUAUUUCACAAGCCUAGGAGGGGUGAGGAAGACGUACGAGGAUUGUUGUCAUGUUAGAGUGAUUCUUAAAGGGUUAGGUGUUAAGGUUGAUGAGAGGGAUGUAUCAAUGCAUUCUGGGUUCAAGGAAGAGUUGAAGGACUUAUUGGGAGAAGGAUUCAAAGCUGGUGGCCUGCCGCGAGUUUUCUUGGGGAGAAAACACAUUGGCGGGGCUGAGGAAAUACGCCGGCUGAAUGAGGAUGGAAAGCUUGAGAAAGUGGUCAAAAGCUGUCAACUCGUGGGCGAUGGUGGUGAAGGUGGAGGAUACAGUGGUGGAGUUUGUGAAGCAUGUGAAGAUGUUCGAUUUGUGCCAUGUGAAACAUGUUCAGGGAGUUGUAAAAUCUAUCAUAAGGAUGAUUACAACUAUGAAGAACACGACGAAAGUGAGAACGAACAUGGCUUUCAUCAGUGCCACGAUUGUAAUGAAAAUGGACUUAUACGAUGUCCAAUAUGUUGUGAUUCGUCGCCUAAGCCUUUGUGGCUCGAAAUGGCUGAUAAUGAUUCGUGUUCGAAUGAUGCAUCUAUUGUCUCUGAAUUUGAUCCUGAAGUGAUUGCCACUUUCAGAAGCGCACUCGAAGAGGAUCUCCCUCUGGCCAGUCCAGUUUAUCUCAAGGAUGAGGCCUUGGUGAAUAAGAUUGCGCCACGUGGUACAGACAAGUUGAUAGUGUAUUUCACAAGCCUAAGAGGGGUGAGGAAGACGUACGAGGAUUGUUGUCAUGUUAGAGUGAUUCUUAAAGGGUUAGGUGUUAAGGUUGAUGAGAGGGAUGUAUCAAUGCAUUCUGGGUUCAAGGAAGAGUUGAAGGACUUAUUGGGAGAAGGAUUCAAUGCUGGUGGCCUGCCGCGAGUUUUCUUGGGGAGAAAACACAUUGGCGGGGCUGAGGAAAUACGCCGGCUGAAUGAGGAUGGAAAGCUUGAGAAAGUGGUCAAAAGUUGUCAACUCGUGGGCGAUGGUGGUGAAGGUGGAGGAUACAGUGGUGGAGUUUGUGAAGCAUGUGGAGAUGUUCGAUUUGUGCCAUGUGAAACAUGUUCAGGGAGUUGUAAAAUCUAUCAUGAGGAUGAUUACAACUAUGAAGAACACGGCGAGAGUAAGAACGAACAUGGCUUUCAUCGGUGCCACGAUUGUAAUGAAAAUGGACUUAUACGAUGUCCAAUAUGUUGUGAUUAAGUUUGAUUAUUUCUUGUAUAGUGAGAGAGUUUAUUUUAUUUUAGUAAGGUCAAUGAUUUGUUUUAA